AGGCCUCCCUAUCUACCCUAAUUUCUUUGUUUGGUUGCCAUGUUAGCUAUCUACCUGACCCGGUUCUUCCAUCCCAGAACCCGACUCACGCGAAGAUAUGGGAUGCCAAAACAGAGAUAACUCUGUCUCUGGUGAAACAUGCGAUAGGGAUGAAGAAACGCAUUGAAGCUUUCGCAUUUCACCCAAUUGACUUGAAUACCCCUUGAUUUACUCCAUCUCCAUCUACUUUACUUCUCGAGUUCAAGGCCUCAAUUUCAGACCCCUACAGAGUGCUUAGCAGCUGGGGUUCCAACAAUCCGAAUCACUGCUCAUGGGCCGGCGUUUCGUGCGGGCCGGGUUCGCGGGUCGCUGCGCUGAAUAUAACCGGCGGAGGUGCUUUGCCCUCUCAAUUUAGUGGGUUGAGGAAAUUGAAAGUUCUUAACUUGGGAUUCAAUAAAAUCUUUGGAGGGAUGCCGAGCUCUUUGUCAAAUUGUACGGGCCUUCAAGUUCUGAGUUUAGCUGGGAAUCAGUUGAAUGGAUCAAUUCCGGGGUUUGUGGGCGGGUUUAUGGAUUUAAGCGGGCUUCACUUGUCGUUUAAUCUGCUUAGUGGAUCUAUUCCAGUUGAGAUUGGUGAUAAUUGUGGGAAGAUGGAGCAUUUGGAGCUCUCCGGGAAUUACUUGACUGGUGGUAUUCCAAGAGAAAUUGCUAAAUGCAGUGGGCUAAAGACCCUUCUCUUGUACUCUAAUCUGUUGGAGGAGGUUCUUCCUAGUGAGCUUGGUCAGUUGAGUCAGCUUCAAGUGAUGGAUGUUUCGAGGAACAAUUUUGGGGGCCCGAUUCCACCUCAGAUUAGUAACUGUACAAGUCUUUCAAUCCUUGUAUUGGCAAACUCAUGGAAUCCUCUUCCAAAUGUUUCGAUUUUAGGUGGUAGUUAUUCGAUGGAGAAGCUGGCAUUGCCUGUUGAUUAGUACAAUUUGUACGAGGGUACACUCCCUGAUGAAACAAAGGCCACACAAGAUAUUGUCAUUCAUGGGAUUGAUUGUAUUUGUUGUAGUUUACUUGUAGAAUUCAUAAACUGGUGGAACAACUUGCUGAUUUUGAUGGACAUGUGUUGAUCCAAAUCCAAUCCAAAUAUAGCACUCGUUUUGCUGUUGUGUAUCAAUAAAUGAACUUUGUUUCA